AUGGCCAUUCCACGAGGGUGUUUGAGUCCCUCAGACUGGCUGCUCCUCUUGCGCCUCCUGGUGUUGCUAAGUGCCACGCGGUACAGCCUCGGCCGUCCGUUCUUCGGCCCGCCUGCCGUCAACGUCGCUGUGGUCUUCAGCGGCACGGCGUACCAGGGCGAGAUCAAAGGCCGGCUGAGUCGGGAGAACUUCCUGGAUCUCCCCUUGGAAGUCAACCCCAUCACAGUUCUGGUGAAUGACACCAACCCACAGGCCCUGCUUACCCGCCUCUGCCAGACGAUGGCAGCAGAGAGCCUCCACGGCAUUGUCUUUGAGGACGACGUGGACUCGGAAGCCGUGGCCCAAAUACUGGACUUCAUCUCCUCUCAAACCACUAUUCCCAUCGUGGGUAUCAACGGAGGCUCUUCACUCGUUAUCCCACACAAGGCUGAGGGUUCCACCUUCCUCCAGAUGGGCGCAUCCAUCGAGCAGCAGAUCAAUGCCAUGUUCAAAGUGAUGGAGGAAUACAACUGGGGCAGCUUUGUGGUGAUCACCAGUCUCUACCCCGGUUAUGAGGCCUUUGUGGACUACAUCAACUCCUUCACGGACACUAGCUACUUUCUCUGGGAAUUACAAGAGGUGUUGAGUUUCGAGAUGUCCGUCGGAGCCAACGACAUUAGAACGCGCAGGCUGCUCCAACAGGUGGACGCCCAGGUGUACUUGGUAUACUGUUCACACGAGGAGGCCCAGUAUCUCUUCAGGAUGGCGUCCGAAGUCGGGUUAAUGGGGCCGGGCUACAUCUGGGUUAUUCCCAGUUUGGCAGUCGGGAACCCCGAAGCCCCGCCUCCGGCCAGUUUCCCCGUGGGGUUAAUUGGCAUCAUUACAGACCGAUGGAGGAAGACGCUACGGCAGAGAGUAAGGGAGGGCGUGGCCGUGGUGGUGAAAGGAGUUCAUAGUUUCCACAAGCACAGGGGCUUCAUACCUGAGGGCCACAAGGACUGCAACAGCCCUGCCAAGGUCUAUGCCAACAACACCCUGUUCAGACAUAUGUUGAAUGUAAGCUGGGAGCAUAGGGACCUGUCCUUCAAUUCUCACGGGUACCUUACCAGUCCCUCCAUGGUUAUCAUCACAUUGGACAGAGAAAGACAAUGGGACAAGGUGGGGACUUAUGAAGGGGCUAUUCUUCAGAUGCGGUACCCAGUCUGGCCUCGUUACGGAAGCUUCCUCCAGCCUGUGUCUGAUAACCGUCACCUGACCGUGGCCACGCUGGAGGAACGACCCUUUGUUAUCGUGGAGAGCGUGGACCCCGCCACGGGCACUUGUGUACGUAACACGGUUCCCUGCCGUCGCCAGUCCAACAAGACUGAAAGCUUCACUGGACACUCUGAGCCGUACACCAAACUGUGCUGCAAGGGGUUCUGCAUCGACAUCCUCAAAAAACUCUCUCGAACCAUCAAGUUUUCCUACGACCUCUACCUGGUGACCAACGGCAAACAUGGCAAGAUGGUCAAAGGCAUUUGGAACGGGAUGAUUGGAGAGGUCUUCUACAAGAGAGCAGACAUGGCCAUCGGCUCCCUCACCAUCAACGAGGAACGCUCCGAGAUCAUCGACUUCUCAGUGCCCUUCGUGGAGACGGGAAUCAGCGUCAUGGUUGCCAGGAGCAACGGGACCGUCUCUCCCUCCGCCUUCCUCGAACCUUACAGCCCGGCCGUCUGGGUGAUGAUGUUUGUGAUGUGUCUUACUGUGGUGGCUGUCACUGUGUUUGUCUUUGAGUACUUCAGUCCCGUGGGGUAUAACCGGAGCCUUGUCAGUGCCAAAGCUCCUGGAGGUCCCACUUUCACCAUCGGGAAGUCUGUGUGGCUUCUUUGGGGGAUUGUCUUCAAUAACUCUGUUCCUAUCGAGAACCCAAAAGGCACGACGAGUAAGAUUAUGGUCCUGGUGUGGGCUUUCUUCGCCGUAAUCUUCCUGGCCAGCUACACUGCCAAUUUAGCCGCCUUCAUGAUCCAAGAGCAAUACAUUGACACGGUCUCCGGACUCAGUGACAAAAAAUUUCAGAAGCCUCAGGAGCAUUACCCACCGUUCCGUUUCGGGACAGUUCCGAACGGGAGCACGGAGAGGAACAUCCGUAGCAAUUACCCAGACAUGCACACCCACAUGAUCAAAUAUAACCAAAAAGGAGUGGAGGACGCUCUCAACAGCCUAAAAACAGGAAAACUGGAUGCUUUCAUAUAUGACGCAGCCGUGCUUAAUUACAUGGCGGGCAAAGACGAGGGCUGCAAGCUGGUCACCAUCGGAAGCGGGAAGGUGUUUGCCACCACGGGCUAUGGCAUCGCUCUGCAGAAGGACUCCCGCUGGAAACGCCCCAUAGACUUGGCUCUUCUCCAGUUCCUCGGAGAUGGGGAUACAGAAAGACUGGAGACAGUGUGGUUGUCCGGGAUCUGCCAGAACGAGAAGAAUGAAGUGAUGAGCUCCAAGUUGGACAUCGAUAACAUGGCUGGAGUGUUUUACAUGCUGUUAGUGGCCAUGGGCCUUAGUCUGCUGGUGUUUGCCUGGGAACACUUGCUCUACUGGAAGCUCAGGCAUUCCGUGCACAAAUCGGAUCGCUUAGAUUUCCUACUGGCCAUUAGCAGGGGAAUAUACAGCUGCUUUAAUGGUGUGGAGGAUGUGGGCAGAUCUAACAACAUGCAGAAUCCUGACAUCACCACGAACUACGCCCAGGCUAACAUGCUUAAGAUGCUGCAGACAGCUAAAGACAUCGUAUCCUCUGCCAAGGUGGAGAGCUCUCUGGAAAACGCCACCAAGACCAUCGAGAACUGGAGUCGUCACGGAGGAAGCCUGCCAACCCGAGUUCCCCAGGUGACCACCGCUGAAACGGUUCCAGGUCACUUCUCUUACAUCACAAACAUCACGGAGAACCACUCGCCCCACGUUCAGCUUUCCUUAACGCCAACGUUCAGCCCACAUUACGCUGACACCACCCACCAACCGCAGCUCGCGAAACAGAGAGCAAUUACUCGGCCAACGCCACUACGUUACACCCUUCCCGCCAGAACCAGCAGUCUCUAUAAUGGAGUGCUUCCAGUGUCCAGUCUCAGCAGUCCGCACCUAGCCAUGCGGGAGACUCAUCCCCAUCAGCAUCACCAUUCCAGUUCCCCUUUCGUCCCGUACCGUGACCUGCAAGUCCCAGAUAUCUAUGCUGAGUACCAAGACCCCUGUCAGAAGGUUGAGCCUCGUGUUCCUAGGCAGAAAAACAGGUCCAGAAGCUACCUGGUAGAGUCCAUGGAUCCAAGGAGGCCACACGAUUACAGAGAUCAGCCAGCAUGUCUCGCAGAACUCAGAGCCAACCACUUCACAGAUAACCACGUGUCUGCGACAACCAGGGAAAGCUGUCAUCUCCACGGAGACGAAACCUGUAACUCCUGCAUCAAAACAUAUGUGGAUCCGGUCUUGGAGGACGUGCCACUAAUAGGGAAGAGGAAACCCCACCGUAGACCCUCUUUCCUCAAAGCUACUUGGGGACCUGACCGUAUCCGGUUGCCAGGCGAAAGAUCCUCCGCCCCUGCGUCGGCACGAAUCGACAUUCCCGACCUAUUUCCGUGCGUCGACCUGUACGGCCGAGUCAGGAACGACCGGUGUCACCCCCUGCCUGUGGACCAUGCCUACCUUCACCCUUUCCGCCGCCACUCCAGGAAAGGUCAAAAGCUGAGGUAUAGCCAGUCCACACGGCUCCCCUCCUACAGGGAGGCCGUUCUCCACAAUGCCGCAGCCAUCAGAAGAGCCUCUAGCCUGGUACACAGACAGUUCUCCUACCCUGACCUGCAAGUCUACCACAAUCCGCUGCCAUAUGGACCAUCCGAGCUGUGUAACAUCUUCCCCUGCAUGGGUCAUGCCAGUGACAGUGUGUAUGGAGGGUACAGGGUGCCACAGCACCUACCGGAUGACCAUCUGGUGCCCAUACGAGGCAGCAGGUCAGUGCAUGGGGUUGGCAGCCCUGGCAUACCCAUGACAUGGGGCAGGAUUUCCAGUCUGGAAUCAGAGGUCUGA